AUGUCAUGGAGGGACGUCAGGGGCAGGAAAGCGUCCUCGUGGUCUCAGAAAGAGAAACGAGACUACUACAGUAUGUGUGUGCAGCAGCCGAUCGGCAAGAAACUGUUCCAGCUGUUCUGUCGGAGUCGACCUGAUCUGCAGAACUACAUGUCCCUCCUGGACGCUCUGGACGCCUUCGAGACAAAGUCCGAUGAAGAGAGGAGAGACUUCGGCUUCAGCAUCAUUCAGAGAUUCCUCUGGAGUCAGUCCAAUCAGUGUGUGUCCGUGGUGCUGAAACACGAGCAGAGCUGCAUCCAGAUGCUGGACCUCCACCCCUGCAUGGACGUCUUCCACAGCUGCCGAGAAGACCUUCAUAAAUUCCUGAGUGGCGAGCCGUUCAUCCAGUAUCAGGAGAGCAUGUUUUUCGAUCGUUUCCUGCAGUGGAAGAUGUUGGAGAGGCAGCCCAUCACCAAGCACACAUUCAGACAGUACAGACUCCUCGGGAAAGGAGGCUUUGGAGAGGUGUGGGCCUGUCAGGUGAGAGCCACGGGGAUGAUGUACGCCUGCAAAAAGCUGGAGAAGACUCACGUGAAGAAGAGGAGGGGAGAAAACAUGGCUCUCAACGAGAAGGAGCUCCUGGAAGCGCUCGACAGUCGAUUUGUGGUGAACCUGGCGUACGCCUACGAGACCAAGCACGCGCUCUGCAUGGUCCUGACCAUGAUGAGCGGCGGGGACUUGAGGUUUCACAUUUAUAACAUCGGUGAGCCCGGCCUGGAGAAAGUCAGAGUGCGAUUCUACGCUGCAGAAGUCUGCUGCGGUUUAAUUCACCUCCACCAGAGGUCGAUAUUAUACAGGGAUCUGAAACCAGAGAACAUUUUGUUGGACGACAACGGACACAUCCGUAUCUCAGACCUGGGCCUGGCUGUGAGGCUGUCUGAGGGAAAUCUGGUGCGAGGCAGAGUGGGAACACUGGGAUACAUGGCUCCGGAGGUGAUCGGACACGAACACUACGGGACGAGCGUGGACUGGUGGGGUCUCGGCUGUCUGAUCUAUGAGAUGACCGCCGGUCAGCCUCCACUGCGAGCCCGCGGGGAGCAUCCUACACCCUCCGAGAUGGAGAGGAGGAUCCAGACGGAGGAGGUGGAAUAUGGUGACAACUUCAGCAAGGCGGUCAAAGACCUCUGCUCCUUGCUGCUGCACAAAGAUCCGAAACAGCGGCUCGGCUGCAGGAGCUCCGGCGGCAGAGAAGUAAAGUUGCAUUCGUUCUUCAAAAAGAUCAACUUCAGGAUGCUGGAGGCCGGACUCGUCGAGCCUCCCUUCAAACCUGAUCCCAGACUGGUUUACUGCAGCGACGUGCAGGACAUCGAAGAGUUCUCCACGGUGAAGGGGGUCACUCUGGACCAGAAGGACGACUACUUCUACUCCAAGUUCAACACGGGCAGCGUCCCUAUAACCUGGCAAAACGAGGUGAUAGAGACGGGAUGUUUCAGGCAGCUGAAUCUCUUUGGCCCUCAAGGAUCUCGAUCUCCAGACCUGGACUGGUCUCAACCCCCCGAGAGCCCCAAACGCAGCCUGCUGGACCGAAUCUUCCGCAGACACCACCCCUCGGACUCAUCAGACGAGAGCAAACAGAGUUUGGUGUCCAAUGAGAGCUUCCUGAAGUCCGGACUGGUCAGCUCGACGCUCUGAGGACGCUCAGACUGCCUUACAAACACCCGGAGCAGCAAAAGACGGCCGCUCUGUUCGCCCCUGUAAAUAACAGCAUGAAAUACGUUUGUUUUUGUGUUUGUACAGUUUUUUUAGUCUUUAACACCGAACUUCAGUAUAAAAGCACUUCACUUCGUCUCAGGUAAAAAAAGGUGCAGAAAUUUAGUGUUUCGUCACACACGCAACAACACAUUCUUUGUUUUUAAAUCAAAUUUGUAGCUUGUUUGUUAAGUACUUGAAUUUUGGUACAAGUGUGACUUCAUGAACACGAGCCGUAUAGAGGGUAUGCACGUUAACGUUACAACGCGCGGUUACGCCCGCUGAGGAGCAGAAAGACGAGCGGCAGCGUUUGCUCGAAGCAAACUGAAGAAAACUGAUCGCUGCACAGAAACAG